AUCAGUUUAAGAAUUAAAGCUAAAUCAAUGUCCUGGAAACAAAGUCUUAGGAGUGCUCAACCCUUGGUGAAACGAAGUUACAAGCUUCACAGCAAAGUCCGAAAAUUCUUCUGGAGAUUUCUAGUGUGCAAGAGCGCAACAAGAUAUGCAGGUCGCAAAAGAAAAGCUUAGCAAUCUGGCCAGCUCGGCCAAGGAGCACAUCAACAUCUACAAAGCCAAAGUAGUAGAGAAGUUGGAGAGAGCCAGAGCAAGAACUAAGGAAGAAAAGAAGAUGGCGAAAGAGCGUCGGAAAGUGAAGGAGGCAAGUGAAAAAAUGGAGCUACAUAAAGCGAAAGCCAGGCACGCAGAGAAGAAAUUGGGUGCUAAACUAACUCAUGGGCAUGGGAUAUUCAACUAUCACCACCCACCACCAGCACCACUUCAUCAUCAUCAACAUCAACAUGGGCAACAACAUCUGGGAACCACUAACAUGAUCCCGGCUUCAAAUCCACAUGUCUAGCUAUAUAUCUUGUUCUUCAUUAAUAAAGUCUAGCUGCAGCUUGUGUUAUGCACAUGCAUACGUACGUACUUACCUCGUGUAAUAAGAAAGAGGUGCAAGUUUGAGACGUGCAUUAUGUAUUCCGAUACAUUCGAUCUGCUGAAUAAAUCAUAGAAGGAAGAGGCAAGACAAGUACGUGGCCUCUUGUUCAUUUCUUAA